GUGUUGACAGCAGCGGCCGAGGGGGAGCGACGCUGCUGCGGGCGGGCGGCGAGCGGCGGCCGGGCUCUCGCCAUCGCUUGGCGGUGUCGAGAGGUCACAAAUUUUGGAGAACAUGGGUUUAAUGAGAGGGAGGACCUAAAUGAAAUCAAGGGUUCCAUAUUGCAGUUUGUGUUUAUCGAUUACUGGAGGAGUGAUGGGAGAGACAAGGGGGAAAGGACAGUUCAACUAUAAAUAACUGUGAGAGUUGAGGUACUUUUUAAGUUUUGUACCUCAUUCAUGAGCUGCCUUUGCUUUAGCAGCUAUGGAUGACAAGGCUUCAGUUGGAAAAGUUAGUGUUUCUUCAGACUCGGUAUCCACUCUAAACAGUGAGGAUUUUGUCCUGGUUUCCCGGCAAGGUGAUGACACUCCUUCUACCAAUAAUGGUAGUGAUGAUGAGAAAACAGGACUCAAGAUAGUUGGAAAUGGAAGUGAACAGCAGCUCCAGAAGGAGUUGGAAGAUGUAUUGAUGGACUCGUCAAUGGAAGGUCAAACAGGUGCCAGGGAACCUUCAGAAGCAAUGCCAACCUCUGCAACAAGCGAGGAGUCACUGACUGAGGACAUUUCAUUAACUCCAUCGCCUGUGUAUUCAGGAUUAAUGGUGGUUGCCCAGAAACCAGAAAUGAGCCUGCCAAUUAAACCCCCGCAGGAUGCUGACUCGUCAGACUCCAGUCCCUCUACGCCGAUUCCAGAAGAAGACAGCAUUUUGUUCAGCAAGCUUACGUACAUGGGAUGCGCCUCAGUGAACGCUCCUCGGAGUGAGGUUGAAGCCCUGCGGAUGAUGUCCAUCCUGCGAAGCCAAUGCCAGGUCCCUUUAGACGUGACUAUCUCAGUGCCGAAUGUUUCGGAAGGGAUUGUAAGACUGCUUGAUCCCCAAAUAAACAGUGAAAUAGCAAACUAUCCAAUCUACAAGAUAUUGUUUUGCGUCAGAGGGCAUGACGGUACUGCAGAGAGUGAUUGCUUUGCCUUCACGGAAAGUCACUACAAUGCAGAAAUUUUCAGGAUUCAUGUCUUUCGAUGUGAAAUACAAGAAGCAGUAAGCCGUAUACUGUACAGCUUUGCCACGGCCUUUCGCCGGUCUGCAAAGCUUACACCUCUCUUAGCAAAUCCACCAACACUAACCCCCGACAGUGAUAUCUUCACAUUUACUGUGUCUUUGGAGAUAAAAGAAGAUGAUGGUAAAGGAUAUUACAGUGCAGUCCCCAAAGAGAAAGAUAAACAAUGCUUCAAACUCCGACAGGGAGUGGAUAAGAAGAUUGUAAUAUGCGUCCAGCAAGCGUCCAACAAGGAGCUUAUCAUUGAAAGGUGCUUUGGCCUCCUUCUCAGUCCUGGCAAAGAUGUCCGCAACAGUGACAUGCAUCUUUUGGAUUUGGAAUCAAUGGGUAAAAGCUCAGAUGGCAAAUCUUACAUCAUUACUGGCAGCUGGAAUCCCAACACGCCGCAUUUUCAAGCUGUAAAUGAAGAGACGCCUAAAGACAGGUUGCUUUACAUGACUACCGCAGUUGACUUGGUUGUCACUGAAGUGCAAGAGCCAGUUCGAUUUCUUCUGGAGACCAAAGUGAGAGUGUGCCCAUCCAGUGAAAGAAUGUUUUGGCCCUUCAGUAAACGGAGUUAUACGGAGACUUUUUACUUGAAGCUUAAACAGAUUGAUCAAAAAGAAAGAAAGAGCAAUAGUGAUACACUGUACGAGGUGGCGAGUUUGGAAAGCGAGUCUGAGCGCGAGCGCAUAAAAACAACGGCAAGCCCGAACAUACGCAUGCCUCAUUACGGAUCGCAGGGAUCCAUCAUACCUUCACCACCCGAAGAUGAUGAAGAGGAAGAUAAUGAUGAGCCUCUCCUGAGUGGCUCUGGUGACGUGUCCAAAGAAUGUGGUGAGAAGAUUUUAGAGACGUGGGGAGAUCUACUGUCAAAAUGGCAUCUAAAUUUGAGUGUGAGACCCAAACCUCUGCCUGCUUUAGUAAGAAGUGGUGUUCCUGAAGCUCUUCGAGGUGAGGUUUGGCAACUGCUUGCGGGAUGUCACAACAAUGACCAGAUGGUAGAAGACUACAGAAUCCUUAUCAAUAAAGAAUCUCCCCAGGACAGUGCAAUCACCAGGGAUAUCAACCGAACUUUCCCCGCGCAUGAUUACUUUAAGGACACAGGCGGAGAUGGUCAAGAUUCCUUGUACAAAAUCUGCAAGGCCUAUUCAGUGUACGAUGAAGAGAUCGGUUACUGUCAAGGCCAGUCGUUUCUUGCUGCCGUGCUUCUCCUGCAUAUGCCGGAAGAGCAAGCAUUUAGUGUUCUUGUCAAAAUCAUGUUUGAUUAUGGACUCAGGGAACUUUUUAAACAAAAUUUUGAAGACUUGCAUUGCAAAUUCUAUCAGUUGGAAAGGCUGAUGCAGGAGUACAUUCCAGAUUUGUACAACCACUUCCUAAAUAUCAGUCUUGAAGCACACAUGUACGCCUCCCAGUGGUUUCUUACACUAUUCACGGCAAAGUUUCCACUCUACAUGGUCUUCCACAUCAUUGAUCUGCUACUCUGUGAGGGUAUAAGUGUGAUCUUCAACGUUGCACUUGGUUUAUUGAAGACCUCAAAGGAUGAUCUUCUGUUAACAGACUUUGAAGGGGCCUUAAAAUAUUUCCGCGUUCAACUUCCUAAAAGAUAUCGCUCUGAGGAAAAUGCUAAAAAGCUGAUGGAGUUGGCUUGCAGCAUGAAGAUCAAUCAGAAAAAGCUUAAGAAAUACGAAAAGGAAUACUUGGUACUGCGGGAACAACAAGCACAGCAGGAAGACCCAGUUGAAAGAUAUGAGCGUGAGAACAGACGUCUGCAGGAGGCCAAUAUGAGGCUGGAACAGGAAAACGAUGACCUUGCUCACGAGCUGGUUACCAGCAAGAUUGCACUCCGGAAGGACCUGGACAAUGCAGAGGAGAAAGCAGAUGCAUUAAAUAAAGAGCUCCUUAUGACCAAACAAAAGUUAGUCGAUGCAGAAGAUGAAAAGAAAAGAUUGGAAAAUGAAGCCGCUCAGCUGAAGGAGAUGUGCCGAAGAGAACUGGACAAAGCAGAAUUGGAAAUAAAGAAGAACAGCUCCAUCAUCAGUGAUUACAAGCAGAUCUGUUCUCAGCUGAGUAAGAGACUGGAACGGCAACAGAUAGGAAAUAAAGCCGACCUGGAUCAAAUUCGGGGGAAAGUUGAAGGCUGUGAUCGUUGCCGAGAACUCUUCAGCAAGGAGGGGACACUUAAAAUUGUCAGCACUUCCAAGGAUAUCUCUGAGGAAUAUCAAGAUAAAGAGAAGGAGUUACUGAAGCACCAGUUGAGGGAAAUGGAGCUGGAGUUGGCUCAGACCAAACUGCAGCUGGUGGAGGCAGAGUGUAAAAUACAGGACUUGGAGCACCACUUGGGACUGGCGUUGAACGAGGUGCAGGCGGCAAAGAAGACCUGGUUCAACCGAACGAUAAGCUCCAUUAAAACAGCCACGGGUGUCCAGGGCAAGGAGACCUCGUAAGGAAGUCAGCGGGCGGAUGUGGAAAGGAGGACAAUGCUGGUCAAAUAGCACUCACGUCUGUUACAUAUUAGGGGAUCAGGCUGUGUAUUCUUGCGUGCCCAGCCUGUGGAUUAACAUGGUUAACAGAUCCCCACCCCAACAAAUACCACAAGAAAUGGCUUUUACCUUUAGAAUGGUCUUUAUACUGCUGAUGUUUAACACACGCGAGGCCCCUUUUCCGGUAACUUUGGCUCUCUUCUGCUGUCCUCGCACACGAGGCCGCCCUCCUCUUCUGAGACCUUGCACAGUCAAAGUCAAACUUAAGUACAGAGACAAAAAAAUAAACUAACCGUUAACUUGAAACCGGUUUUGAUUUUGCAUCGUCUGCGUACUCCUUUUGAUAUCAAUUUAUUUGUGAUCGGUUUGAAAUCAAAGUUGGUAAGUAAGCAAAGAAAUCACAGUUCUGCGGAGACGCUGAAGUUAACCUAGUUUUUAACACUCGCCGGGUUUCUAGUGGGGUGUCUGUAGAAUGGAGGCCUUUGCACCUUAAAUGUACCUAUUUAUAAUGGUUUGUGUUCUGCUGUUAGACACAUGGACUGCGUGUGUCUGAGAGGCACUGGGUUGUACAUAAACGUGACUCAAGUUUGGUUAUUUUUUAAUUCUGCUUUGUUUUUGGUGUCCCAAUGCUGCCUGGUGUAAUAUUUUAGCACAAACGUGCUAGUGCUUUGUCCUUAGUGUCAUACCACUGUCCUAUUUGUCUGAUGCCAAAUGUGUUGUGAUCUCCUCAACAUUAAAUGUGGACAUUGUAUUAGAAUACCGUAAUUAGGGUGCACUGUGUAUACUUCAUGCAUUGAAAUAUAUACUGGAAAAUCUA